GAGUUGCCGAAAGCAUUGAAAGCUCAGUUAAGUCGCGGUCGCCAUUUUCUCGGGAGUAAUCUGUCUGUCGUGUUUUUGAUCCUGAAGUGUUUUUCGAAAGAAUAUCUGCUGAAAAUUAGGGCCCAUCUCUCACGGGCGUCCGUCAAAUGGCUUGCUUGAACACUUUAAAACAAGAAAUUAAAACUCUCGAGUCCGUGUUUCCCAAGAGCCAUGAAAGAUUUCAGAUAAUGUCUGCGAGUGUCGACGAGCUCAGCUGCAGGUUCGUCGGUAAAAAUGGGAAGAAAUACGACAUUCACGCCAAUAUUACAGAAACCUACCCUUCUACGCCACCGGUUUGGUUUGCGGAAUCGGAGGAAACGAGCGUGACAAAUGCAGUACAAAUUCUAAGUAACACAACGGGACGGGAUAACCAUGUAAUUAAUCAGGUGGGAAUACUUCUGAAAGAAUUAUGCCGCUUGCACUCGUUGCCUGAACCACCUGAUGUCGAGCGACUAAGAACAGCCCUAGACCCGCUUCGGCUAGGUGGAGCAGCUGCUGCUGCGCAAAGAAUGGAAGCUGAGGAUGUGGAAGAUAUUGAAGACGACGAAGAAAGCGAGACUGAAGAGGACCUUCAUUUAGAUAUGGAUGAGGGAGAAGCCAAUGCCAAAAGCAAGGGUGAUGAGAUGGACCUUGAGCAUCUGGCGACACUGGAAAGGUUGAGACAAAAUCAGAGACAAGAUUAUUUAAAAGGAUCAGUAUCGGGUAGUGUCCAAGCUACAGAUCGACUUAUGAAAGAACUGCGUGACAUAUACCGAAGUGAUAGUUUCAAGAAAGGAAUGUACAGCAUAGAACUUGUUAAUGAUAGCUUGUAUGAGUGGAAUAUAAGGUUAAUGUGUGUCGACCCUGAUUCACCGCUUCACAAUGAUCUUGUUCUUCUCAAAGAAAAAGAGGGCAAAGACAGUAUUCUUCUCAACAUGCUCUUUAAGGAAACGUACCCAUUCGAACCACCUUUUGUGCGAGUUGUUCAUCCGAUAAUUUCGGGUGGCUACGUACUGGUAGGUGGUGCGAUUUGUAUGGAAUUGUUAACGAAGCAAGGAUGGAGUUCGGCAUACACGGUAGAGGCCGUUAUAAUGCAGAUUUCUGCAACGUUGGUAAAAGGAAAGGCACGCAUACAGUUCCAAGGAGCAGGUGGUGGAGGAAAAGUUUGUGGCAACCAGGGCCAAUAUAGUCUCGCACGUGCACAGCAGUCCUUUAAGUCCCUCGUACAGAUACACGAAAAAAAUGGCUGGUUCACACCACCGAAAGAGGAUGGCUAAUAAAAAAAAACAAAAAAAAAACGAACUAACGUAAUAAAAAAACAUCAAGCGAUUACACGACGCGUGCUUACAGCUGAGACUUUAAUUCGGUGUGUGCCCAAUAAAUAAUUGUUAUGAUAAUGAUUUGAUACACAACCACAACAUUAACUAGGUAACUUUUAAGAUACUGAUUAAUCUUAUGCAUAACUUCUUUCAUCGCUAAUAUGGCUGACGCGCAAACAGUGAAGUGUUUGGGACUCAUGCGAUACGUGUCUUGUACACACAGAUAUUGAAGCUAACAGCAUAAGCAGUUGUUAGAUGUAGCAUUUCGAGAGCCACAGUUGAUUGGUCUCCGAGGAAGUUAACAGAGACCCUCUAUUGCAUGUAUAAGUACAGUGCAUGUAUGUUAUAAUUUCAUGCGAUUUAUUCUUCCAUCGAAUUAUAUUACUUGGUCCGUAACAACUAUAGCAGGAGGUACUUUAUUUAUUACUCCUUUAAAAAGAAAUGUCGACAAUUAUAAUAGUAUUUGGAGGAUCAAGAGUAACCUGAAAGAUAUACAUUCUUUGCUGUUAGAAUUGACAUCUGUGCUUGUAUGUCCGUAUUUCGGAAUGAUGUGCAUUGACUUGUUUCAUUCUUUGUGAAACAUCUUGUACUUUCUCGGUAAAUUAUAUGAUAUUUUAUGAAAUUCUCCAGUGCAACUAUAUUACAUAACUUUUAAAGUAGUGGAAAACAAACGAAGUCCAAAAUGAAAUUGCCAAAUUUCAUCAUGAGAUCGAACUCUUGUAUGUAUUUAUUAUGACUAUAAAUUUAGACUGUGCUUCACUGCAAGCCAGCUACCACCUAUUGCGGAGGUGAAAACAAUUUGACCCAGGCCGGUGUUCUAAGUGCAAAAGGAAUUGGGCCAUGUCUUGUAUAAAAGAUCCAAAGUUUAUUGAUAGGUAGCGUGUAAUCGAAUAAUGAGCUCCAAACUGCCCUUUGCACAGUUGUAUUUAGAUUUCUUUACAGAUGUACUAUAUAAAUUUGCGUAAAUUAGGUACUUAUUGUUGUUGAAUUAUUUUUAUAUGUUGAGUGAAAUUAAACAUCAUGUGAAAUCGAAUAUUCUAAAAUCUGGGGAUGUGUAAAAAAAUUAAAAACUAUGGUCGGAUGGAUAAAAUGGCCAAGUUGCAUAAUGCUAAUCAUUUUAAAGCCUGGAUCUUUUUUGCACAAUACGGUCCAAUUAUUUUGCAGG